CACGGUCACAAUGGGAGACACGGUCACAAUGGGAGACACGGUCACAAUGGGAGACACGGUCACAAUGGGAGACACGGUCACAAUGGGAACACGGUCACAAUGGGAACACGGUCACAAUGGGAGACACGGUCACAAUGGGAGACACGGUCACAAUGGGAGACACGGUCACAAUGGGAGACACGGUCACAAUGGGAGACACGGUCACAAUGGGGAAAGCUGAGCUGACUACACUGACUGUGCCAGUGUCAGACUCUACUAAGCUGGCAGGCUGGCUAACAGUACAGCUGUAGAGUAGUGCUGCUGUAGAAUGACAUGGGAAAGGAGAGCCUAACUCAUGAGAAGUACUGUAAUACGAUAAAUGAUACAUGCUGUACUAGCAGGGAUCAUGAUGUUAGAUACACAUUCCUCAUAACUGUAACUCCUGACUGACGAGCAGCAAGCAGAGCUUGUGAUGAUAGAAUAGGACAAGUAAAAUAGGACAAGUCGAGUACCAUAUGUUAGUAGUAAAAAAGAGAUCAGCUCUAACACAAUCAGAUUUAACGUUUUCUGAUGUUAUUUAUGUGUUGAGGUCAGACAUAGCAGGAAACACGGUCAGUAUGUCUCCAUGCCUGUUUGUGUGUAUGCUUGUGCGUGCACACGUGUGUGCGUGUGUAUGUGUGUUUGGGCAGCAGCAGAGAGAGCAGAUGGUGGGAGUAGUGACACAUGCCCUGACAGAGAGGCUAUAGAACCCUGAGUUCAACCCCCUCCACCGCCUUAAAAGGACUCGAGCGACCCCUGACCUUCAGGAAAGCCUUUUGAUUGGAGGAAACAGAUUGUAGGAGACAAUGCAAAGUGGUCAGUGAGAGAGAAGAAGGGGAAGAGAGAGAAGGGGAGGGGGCCUAUCCCUCUCCUCCCUCCCUCCCUCCCUCCCUCCUAGAGAAUUCGGACUCAAGCAGUGUCACAACAAGUCUGUAGCUAACAGGGAACUAUUUUCCAACGGGGAGUGGAGGAAUGGAACAUGGUUAGUCUCUGUUGUAUUCUGUUCCAGAUCCGAAAUGACUUCAUUCAGCCUGCUGCCGACCACAGGAGUUUAAACAGAGCUCACACUGCUGCCUUACUUAUAGAGCACAUAGACAGAGAGAGGAGAGAAAGAGGGAGGAGAGAGAGUAAGAGGGGAGAAAGGAGCAGUGAGAGAGUGAGAGAGUGUGGGGAGAGAAAAGACAGUUCUCUCAUUUAAAAGAGUCUCUCAUUUGUGCCGGGAGGGAGGCAGACAGUCUUCAGCUCCACAUGGACAAGAUCAGCUGAACCACAGGAGACAAAGGAAGGUGAUUCAGGAGAAGAAAAGAUAAGUCAAGUUUAGAGUUUUAGAGAGAAAAGAGAGAGAGAGGAGAGAGGAGCGAGGGAGGGAGAGAGAGAGAGAGGAGAGAGAGAGAGGGAGAGAGAGAGAGAGGAGACAGAGAGAGAGAGAGGAGACAGAGAGAGAGACUGAGUGAGCAUAGAGAGGGAGGAGAGAAGAGCGAGGGAGAGAGAGGAGAGUGCGAGAGAGAGCGAGAAAAGAUCUGUUUAGCAGACAGACAGAGAGAGCUGUGGCAGUGUACAGCUCUGUUUUUCUCCAGACAGACAAAGUGGGAUUGUCCUCUGAAAGUCUCUUCAUCAUGACUACUUCUCUUGAUGUCUUUUUUUGCCUGUCUCUUUUGGGAUGUCUCUUUUUGCGUGUCUCUUUUUGGAUGUCUCUGUUUACCUGUCUCUUUUUGUCUGUCUCUUUUUGCCUGUAUCUUUUUGGAUGUCUCUUUUUGCCUGUCUCUUUUUGUCUGUAUCUUUUUGUCUGUAUCUUUUUGCCUGUCUCUUUUUGCCUGUCUCUUUUUGCCUGUCUCUUUUGGGAUGUCUCUUUUUGCUUGUCUCUUUUUGCCUGUCUCUUUUUGGAUGUCUAUUUUUGCCUGUCUCUUUUUGGAUGUCUCUUUUUGCCUGUCUCAUUUUGCCUCUCUUUUUGGAUGUCUCUUUUUGCCUGUCUCUUUUUGGAUGUCUCUUUUUGCUUGUCUCUUUAUGCCUGUCUCUUUUUGGAUGUCUCUGUUUGGAUUUCUCUUUUUGCCUGUCUCUUUUUGGAUGUCUCUUUUUGCCUGUCUCUUUUUGCCUGUCUCUUUUUGCCUGUAUCUUUUUUGAUGUCUCUUUUUGGAUGUCUCUUUUUGGAUGUCUCUUUUUGGAUGUCUCUGUUGACCUGUCUCUUUUUGCCUGUAUCUUUUUGGAUGUCUCUUUUUGCCUGUCUCUUUUUGGAUAUCUCUUUUUGCUUGUCUCUUUUUGCCUGUCUCUUUUUGCUUGUCUCUUUUUGCUUGUCUCUUUUUGGAUGUCUCUUUUUGCCUGUAUCUUUUUGGAAGUCUCUUUUUGCUUGUCUCUUUUUGGAUGUAUCUUUUUUGAUGUCUCUUUUUCCCUGUCUCUUUUUCCCUGUCUCUUUUUGGAUGUCUCUUUUUGGAUGUCUCUGUUGACCUGUCUCUUUUUGGAUGUCUCUUUUUGGAUGUCUCUGUUGACCUGUCUCUUUUUGCCUGUCUCUUUUUGGAUGUCUCUUUUUGCCUGUCUCUUUUUGGAAGUCUCUUUUUGCCUGUCUCUUUUUGGAUGUCUCUUUUUGCCUGUAUCUUUUUGGAUGUCUCUUUUUGGAUGUCUCUUUUUGGAUGUCUCUGUUUACCUGUUUCUUUUUGCCUGUCUCUUUUUGGAUGUCUCUGUUUACCUGUCUCUUUUUGGAUGUCUAUUUUUGCCUGUCUCUUUUUGCCUGUCUCUUUUUGGAUGUCUCUGUUUACCUGUCUCUUUUUGCCUGUCUCUUUUUGGAUGUCUCUUUUUGCUUGUCUCUUUAUGCCUGUCUUUUUUUGCCUGUCUCUUUUUGGAUGUCUCUUUUUGCCUGUCUCUUUUUGGAUGUCUCUUUUUGCCUGUCUCUUUUUGCCUGUAUCUUUUUGGAUGUCUCUUUUUACCUGUCUCUUUUUGGAUGUCUCUUUUUGGAUGUCUCUUUUUGGAUGUCUCUUUUUGGAUGUCUCUGUUUACCUGUCUCUUUUUACCUGUCUCUUUUUGCCUGUCUCUUUUUGCCUGUCUCUUUUUGCCUGUCUCUUUUUGCCUGUCUCUUUUUGGAUGUCUCUUUUUACCUGUCUUUUGGUUUCUUUAGUUUGACUGUCUUCUGCUUUAUCUUUUUAAGUCUUUCCUUUUCCGUCAUUCCUUCUCUGUGUUUAUCUAGUGUUAUCUCAAUCCAUCCUGAGGUUCUGUGAGACCACGUUUCCCUCUCUGAGGUAGAUCAUCAACUUGUCUCUCGCUCUUUCCUGGAGACCUCUG